ACUAAACUCAACAGACUGUAAGGGGAGCAAGGUUGGCUUCUGUCUGUUUCUUUCUCUUAAUCCGUAAAUCUUCUGUAAUCAGGAUGAGAGGGACAGAGCAUGUUGCCUGACUUAGGACAGCGGAGUCUAAGUUGGGACCUGGACGGAUUGCUUGCUGAUGAGGAGAGCUAACUGGCCAGUGGGAUACAUGGAGGGAGGGGGGCGGCUCGAGCUGGAGUCAGUUUGGGAAACUUAAACUGAAACCAGUUUCCACCAAGAACCAUCAGGAAGAGUGGAGGUCAAAGACAUGAGGAUGGUUUAAUCAACAAGAGCAAAUUUUAAAAGAGAGAACAAAGAGCGAAGAGGACCAACAAUCCCUGGAUUGUUUUAGGAUGCGAAUAGUGGACAGCAGACCUGACACCGAGGCAUGAUCCAAGGCAGAGUGCGGGGUCCAAUGGCCACUGCAUGUGAUGACCCCCACCUGGGCGAAGGCCCAUCCGAUGACUGCGACAUCCUCCUGGAUGAUUCGGACUCAGAGAGUGUGCUUUCCGAUGACUCGGUGCUUCCCGACUAUGAAAUGGAGGAAGAUCCCAGAGAGCCGGCUAAAACAGUGUACGAGGCCUGUGCCAGGAACGACCCCACAUCCCUGUGCAGCAUGCUGGAGAGAGGAGUCACUAAAGAAGAGGCCAAUGAGAUGGACAUCAAUGGCAGGAAUGGACUGAUGUUUGCUGUGGCAAAGGGUUUCGUCGAUAUUGUCACCAUGCUGCAUACAUGUCCAUUAAUAGACAUCAACCAGCAAGAUAAUGAUGGAAAUACUGCCCUCAUGAUUUCUGCCCAGGCAGGCUUCAUCACCAUUUUGAACUAUAUCCUCAACUUCUACUCUGGCGUGGACACUGAGGUCAGGGAUCCCCGUGGCUUCACUGCCCUCAUCAAGGCAGGCCUGCAGGGCAGAGAGGAGUGUGUGUCUGCCCUGCUAAUGCAUGGUGCUGAUAUGAAUGCAAUGGACAUGGUCCAAGGGAGAGGCCUGAAGGACUGGGUCCUGAGGACAGGAAGGUUUGAAACUUUGAACAGAAUACGCCGUCUGCAGGCUCAUCCUGUCGCUGAGCAUUUCUGUGAAAGCUACAUGCCCGAGUGGCCUGAGCUGAAGCCACUGGUGGCAAAGGCCACCGCCCCAAAAUCAACCAGUCAGAAACUGAGGCAGCGUCUAAAAGACAGCCUUACUUUCAGCUUCCCUCAGGACCCACAAGACAAUGGGGUCAUGGACUAUAUGGUGCGAAUGACCACAAGCAUCCACAGCCCCCUGAUAGCCACUGGCUGCCGUCCUCUCUGUCCCACCAGCCCUCCAGAGAUUGGCAAGCGACGGUUUGCCGUUCCCGAACUGCUCGAAAAGCACAGCAUCAAGGAGCUGGAGGAGGGCACAGUAUCCCACAGCAACGGCUCCAUCACCUCAGCUUCUCCUCCCGCUGUGUCAGCCACCUCCGUAUCUCUGACAUGCUGCCAGGACUCCAGCCGCAGGGAGAGCCUGGCCUCAGGUGGCAUGAAAAGCUUCGUUCCCCGCAGCAUAGCACACAGGAACAGCAUCUUCCCCUCGGGCUGUAUUCCUAAGAUUGAAGUGACAAGAUCUGGCGAGCCCACUCCAAAGAAAGAGAAAAAGAAGAAAAGAGAGAAGGGCUACCUGGAGCCUCCUGUCUGGAAGUACAAGGAAGCCAAGGAAGAGAAAAAGAGAGUGAAGAAGCAGGAAAAGCAAAAAGACCAAGAUAAAAAACCCAAGGGGUCCAAACGUUCAUCAAGCCAAAAAUGAGGCAGCACUUUGUUUUCCACUGAGAAUUUUACUGUGAUUCUGUCACAACAUGAGAAACGAGUUUGUGGUCUUAGCGACUCUAAAGACUGAUUUAACAGAAGAAAAAGGAAACUUCAAAACUAUUAAAACCCAUUGGUGGAUUUAAACUUUGGCCUUGGAUGAACAGGAGAAAACUGGAGCCACUUGAAUUUGCUUGGUGUGAAGUAAUUUUCAUCCUAACUGGGAGAUAUUUAGUGACAUGUGACCGUUUCUUAUUUCAUCUGCGAAAGAUUGGAUUAGUAAAAAAAGUCACGUGGAGAUGGAACGUUCAUCAUUUUAUUUUGAAAACAUUGUACAUUUGUGGGGACUUUGUCAAUCUGUGAAUUGUUAAGAUUUCCAGGUAGCGUGCCAUUAUGGUGUUUAUGCAGGAUAACUAAUGACAAAUACUGUAUGUGAGCAAAGGCCUUCAGCAAAUUGAUAUAUGUAAUAGUUAGUCAUGGACUGUUUACAAUGUUGAACACAGAGAGGAGAGGUCUUCAAACUAUGUGUUUCGCUCCUCUACAAAAAGGGAUAUUUCAUAAUAUGUUAUAUUAUACUGUAUAUGCAUUUUAUAAGGCAAAGCACUGACGUUGCAGCUAGUUUCAGCUAUUGUACAGUUCUUGUAGUUUUUAAUGCCUCCUCUCUGCAGUGGGUGUAAUGGCACCUAAACAAACAGAAACUGUUACCAAAAUCAGCUCAUUGAUGGAGGUGGAAGUGGAGACAUCCCGUACCACCAUCAGCUGGUCCAUUUCCAGUAGCUCGUUGUCUGAACACAUGUAACUUCAGUCAAAAGCCUAUUUUUCCACAUCUAUGAAAUUGAUCUGCCCUUCCUGUUUCAUCACAUGCAGCAUCUGUGUAAAUAUGUUAUUAAGCAGAGUGUUCAUACUUCAAACAGCUCAGCAAUGAUUCGGAAACAGGAAGUAAAUCGUAGCUGCGAAGUUCAUUGUCCUGAAAACAAGACAAAUCCCUAAAACAAAUGUGCUGCUGUUUCUGGCUGUUCCUUAAACACCACUACCAGGCCAAAGGUAGAGUCACUUUAGAUUUUACAGUUAUGUUUUACUGAGCCUCAAAGGUAUAAUCCCCAAAUCGAUCUCCAUUCAAUUUUAUAUAUCAUUUUCUAACCCCCGAACGAGGCUAAUUCCGUCUUCAGUAUAUGCAAAAAGUACCAGAGUUCUGUAUGGCUGACACACAACUCUCAGUGGUUCAAGUACUGCGUUUGAUAGCAGAGGUACCUAUGCAUAGUCCAAAAAUAUUUGAACAUAAUAUUACUCAGGAAAUCCUUUGUUCAUAGUAUGAUGCCCAUUAAGCAAGAAAUCGAUUUAAAGGUCCACUUUACAAAAUAUUCUGUUUAUAGAUCAACACGGUAACUCCUCAAAUGAAAAUGAAAACCCAUAUACUUGUAACUGCAUCACCUGCUACAACUACAACACGAUAGAUUUAAAUGUGUUAUCGAAAAGAGAAAUAAUAGAUGCUAAUCUUAGGAAAGAUUAGUGUUGUUUCAGGGAUUACUUUAAAGUCAAUGUAAGAGACUGGAAAGCUCAGGUCUUCUACAUCUUUAUUGAGUGUAAGAUGGAUGAAAAUGUUUGUUUACAAGUUUGGAAUAAAAUUACUGACGUUUGUGA